CCCGCAUCUUCCUGGUGUCUGACAUUUGACAUUUCUUAUCACAACACUCUUGGAGAGGAAGUGUUAUCGUUUUUUCUUGUUUAAAUUUUAAGUACAUGAAACAAUUUAUCCGAAGAAUGUCGUCAGAUUUGGCCUCGCUACGACUAAAGUACAUGGAAAAGAAGGAUAUUUUCCUUGAGAAAGACAUCGAAGUAAAAGAGCCUUUUCAUCUAUUCCGUAAAUGGUUGGACGAUGCAUGUAAAACACCAGAAAUAUUGGAACCUAAUGCCGUGUGCCUGGCAACAGCCACUAAAGAAGGCGUUCCGUCGUCACGAUUUGUUCUGAUGAAAAGUGUUACCGAAACCGGAUUCACAUUCUUCACCAACUACGGCAGCCGCAAAGCCAAAGAAAUUAACGAAAAUCCGAAUGUCGCGAUGACCUUCUACUGGGUACCGUUAAGACGCCAAGUUCGUAUCGAAGGCAAGGCGGAAAAAGUUCCAACAUCAGAUUCGGAAGAGUAUUUCCAUCAACGGCCACGAGACAGUCAAAUCGGCGCUCUGGCUAGUCCACAAAGUCAAACGAUUCCGGGUCGAGACUACUUGGAUCAAAUCGAAGCGGAAAUUCGGCAAAAAUUGGGACCGGAUGGUGUGGUACCGUUACCGAAUUGGGGAGGCUAUCUGGUCGUUCCGCAUCGAUUCGAGUUUUGGCAGGGACAGAGCAAUCGUUUGCAUGAUCGGAUUCAGUUCCGGAAAACUGACGAUACGACUGCUGUGGACAAUAAAUCGGUUUUUCAAGGGGAGAAGGACUGGAUCUAUGAGAGAUUGGCCCCGUAAUGAAAUUUAAAUUGUUUUUGUGAUAAAUUUUGGUCUUCCAUGUUCCAAAUCGUGAGCACGCGAAUAAAAUGAUGCAAACGUUACACGU